AUGUCUCUUCGAUCGUUACAGCGUGGUUGGAUUGUUUUGAUUUCUUUUCCUGCAAAAAAAGUUCUUUUUCACCUUUUUCACACAAAUUAAGUACAAAAUAUUCAAAAGAAAAGUGCAAAAAGUCUCCCUGAAAUAGAAUCUAUUCAAAAAGGAGUGCUCCAGGUGAUUCCCAAAAAUGGGUAAAAAGGCGAAAAAACGCGGAAUAGCUGAUGCGGUGUACACGAAAAAAGCCGCUCCGGUGGCAAAGAAAGCCAAUCCAUUUGAAAAUCACGUGAAUAGGACAAAAUAUGCCGUGCUAAAUCGCAAAACAAAUCAUGAACGAGGGAUUCCGGGUGUGGCGAGACAGAGGGCAUUUGAUAAGCGAAAAGCCACCCUUGGGGUGGAAUUAAUGAAGCAAAAUAAGAGCAAUAGUUUCCGGGAUAGACGAAUUGGUGGCCCAGAGGGUGGAGAUGAGGCAAUGAGGGCGAGAUUUGUGGCGGAAAUGAAGAGUCUGUAUGGGCAGAAGAGUGGGCAAUCGAAGCGAAAGAGGUUGUUUAAUCUCAACGAAGAGGACACCCUGACGCACAAGGGGCAGACAAUUGAGAGUAUUGAGAAAGGGGAUGAUGCCCCAUCGGAUAGGGAUGAGGAUUCCGAAGAGGAAGGUGCGUUGGAUGCAAAGUACACAGAAUUGGCGCAUUUUGGCGGAGGAGGAGAAGCUGGUGGGGUUAAAUUGGGUGGAAAGGAAGCUCUGGAGGAGAUGAUUGCAGAGACAAAGCGACGAAAAGCAGAGAUUGCCCGUGAGAAGGAUGCCGUGCAGACAAUGACGGAGAAAUUGGACAGAGAUUGGCGAGAUUUGAUCCCAUUGAUUGGGAAAUUAAGCCGUGGGGAUCAGGAUGAGAGAGCAAAGCCCGAUGCUUACGAUCGGACGAUGAGGGAGAUGAUUUUUGAAGCACGCGGCGAGCCAACUGAUAAACUCAAAUCCUUGGCGGAGAUUGAGAAGGAAGAGCGUGAGAAGAGGGAGAAGUUGGAGAGGGCACGCCUGGCUAGGAUGCAAGCAGCAACGAAGAAGGAUAAAAUUCCAAAUCAUCGUUCUGUGGAUGAUCUCGAUGAUGGUUAUACGACUAUUGCAGCUCAUGAGGAGGCUCCGGAAGGCCUGGAAGCGCUGGAAGCUCCAGAAGAGCUGCAGAAGAAACUUCCUGGGGAGGAAGAUGAUUCAGAGGAGUCUUCCAGCGAUGAUGAAAGUGCUGAGGAGAUUGAAAAAAUCCUCCCAAAGCUAAAUCAGGAAUUUUCAUUUGACUUCCCGCAGUCUUAUGAGGAUUUCCUGGAACUCCUCGCGGGGGAUGAUGAGGGAGAACGUUUGACUGCCCUUGUGGCCAACAGUCAUCCCCAUUUGCAGCCAGAGAACAAGGAGAAAACUCCAAUUCUCUUCUCCUUCCUCCUUCAGCGCAUCAAUGAUGCCUUCUCAGAGAUCUCACGAACUUCCGCAAAGAUUUCCUGGAAGAUUCUCAGUCAGAUCACACCGCAUCUCUAUGAUUUACUCCAUUUGAAUCAAUUGGAAUGUGUUCAGCUCUUUCAGGCUGUUCUACGGGAGAAGCAGGAAGAAUUCCGCGCGCGGAAGAGUGUCUUCCCGGGCAUGGAUACCCUGAUCUUCCUCAAGCUCAUUCCUCUUCUCUUCUCCACAUCUGACUUCCGGCAUAGCGUUGCCACGCCGGCUUUCAUCUUUAUCAGUCAAAUUCUCACGCAUUGUGAAUUCCAACGACGGACGGACUUUGCACGAGCUCUCCUGCUCAUCUCAACCAUCCUGGAAUUUACAAAUCUCUCAAAACGUUUCCUGCCAGCUGUCACGGUGUGCUUAACGCAAAUUCUGGCACUUUGUAUCCCCCGACGGGCUGUGGAAGUGAUCAAACUCAUCCCACCGUUCAAGAAGGAAAUGCGAAUGAGUCUGGUGCUGGACGAAGAGCCACCAAAAGUCCCCGAAAGGGAACUAAAAAUGACUUCUGAAGAUCUUAUUGAGACAAAAGUAACACAAUCCUUCCGCGUAAGGCUCCUCCAUGUCACUCUGGGGCUCUGUAGGUGCUUCCUGGAGCAACAGAUGGCAAGUCCAGGUGCCAAGUACACAGCUGACGACAUUGAGGGGCACCUGGAGCGAAUCCCACUGGAAAAGUAUCCGGAAGAGACGCAGAAAUUGGCCCAAAUGGUCAAGGAUCAAAUUAAGGGCAUUGCCGAGCGCCCCAUGAACUUCCUCGUGCCACCCAAGAAGCUCUCAGCUGUACCCCAAUUGCGUCAAAUUGAUCCCAAAAUCAACGAUACCACCUUCACAGAUAGGCGCAGGAAGCAAGUUCAGGACGCCAAGGCCAUCCAGGAUAGCCUCAGGCACAAAGUGAAGCGUGAGACAAAGAGUGCCCUCCGGGAGAUUCGUCGUGAUGCCGAAUUCAUCGGAAAGAUGCGCCUUAAGCGACAAAUGCAGCUCGACCGGGAGCGCAGGGAGAAGGUUAAGAGAAUCUUUGCCGAAGCAUCAGAUCAGCAGGCUGAACUCAAUGCCAUGGACCGUAGCAAUAAAAGGCGGAAGCGAUGAUUUUUUUUAUUCUUGUUCUUUAUUUCUCCAGACUUUGAAUAAAAAGUUUGACAAAAAAAAUCUCUUCUAAAAUCUAUUUUUUCUUUCUUUUCUUUUACUUUCAUGCCGCGCGCCUCGAUUGUACUUUUGCCGUGAUUUUUAUGGAGGCUGGGCGGGGUGUGUGCCCCACUAAUAAAUGAAAAUUCUUCAUUUUCUACACUUUUUUCUUCUUCAUUUUACUUCCUAAAGAGUAUUGCGUAAUUUUUCUUUCAUUUUUGCAUUUUAAACUAACAAAAUAAAUGUUAAAUUAUAUCGCCUAAAAAAUGUGUGGUGUGUGAGGAAAAUAUGACUAAAGAGAGAUGAAGAAAUAUAAAAGGAAA